CGAUCGUUCCUCAGAGGUUUAAAGGCGAGCAGCCGGCGCUGGAGCGUCAGUACAGUUCAGCACAGUUUCAGCACAGUUCAGCACAGUUCAGCAGUGUCUCAGAGCUCCAUCCCGUGAUGAAGUCUGUCUCUGCCCUCGCUCUGCGGGCACUGACCCUGCUGCUGCUGGCAUCAGUGGCCCAAACCCAGCCCAACUACCUGCAGGACGAGGAGUGGAUCAACACCUGGCGCCAGGGCUUCAACUUCCAGUGUCCGCAUGGUCAGGCGUUAGUCGCCAUCAAGAGCUACUUCAGCCAGAGCGAGGGAUCAGACCGGCUGUGGAGUUUCGAGUGCCAGCCAACACCCUCCACGCUGGGGGAGCCCACCGAGUGCUGGUGGGACGACAUUAACCGGGCUGGUAUGGAGUGGUCCUCCACGUGUACCAGUAAUGGACUGGUGGCUGGAAUACAGAGUCAGUAUUUUCCUGCGGUGCUGGACCGAGAGUGGCAGUUCUACUGCUGCCGCUACAGCCGCCGCUGCCCGUACUCCUGCUGGAAGACCACAGAUGUUCCAGAGUAUUACAGGGAGGAGGGUGAGAUGGUGAUCCCCUCGUAUGGCUACUUCAUCAGGGGGGCUCAGACCACCUUCAGCGGAGUGCUCAGGGAUCGGCAGUGGAAAUACAUCCUGUGCAGGAUGACAGAUUUUGACUGUGCGUUUCAGAACUUCUAAACCUGAUUUGGUGUUGGUAAAAUGCCAGAACUGUACCGAUACACACAUUUAACACAUUUAAAGUAUUUAUAACUAUCAAUUUAAUGUUUACACACUGUACACAUUAUAUAAUCUCCUGUGUUAUAAUACUAACAUUUUAUAUAAUCCUGCAUGACUCAUUCUCUUCAUCUUACACUGCAUAUAUUUCACACCAGCAUGCUAAAUGCUAAAGCUAACUAAAGCUACAGAAUUCAUCAACCCCCCCCACCCCCCACCCCCCCAUCGCAGGUUACCUCAUCACUUUGCAUAAUUCAGCCAUUGAUAUGUAAAUAAAGUCAUUUAGUGAGGGUUUGCUGUGAAAUAAUCUGGUGCAGGGAUAUACAGAAGCACUAAUUUAGAUGCAUUAGGAAUUUAGUUUUCUAGAUUUCUUCAUCCAUUUAAUCUAAAACUUCAACAGAUUUUCAUUCAAGUCCUGAAAAAAAAUAUUAAGAAUAUUCUGAAUGACUUUUGUAAGUUGCUCUGGAUCAGAGUGUUCGCUAAUUUCUUUAAAUGUAAAUAUCAGAACAUUUCUCUGUGAGCUGAAUCUCAUGAGAAUGUGGAUCAUGCAGCAGAACAAUGACCCCAAGCACAGAAGUGGUUCUACCAAAGAAUGGGUAAAGAAAAAUAGAGUUAAUGUUUUAAAAUGGAACCAAGUUCUGACCUUAAUGCAAUAAAAAUGUUGUGGGUGGAGCUGAAGCAGCAGUCCACGAGGGAAACUUAUGAAUAUAACAGUUAGUGGAAACAUAUAGCUGCAGUUAUUGCUGCACCAGCGGAAACACCAGUUACUGAAAACAAACCUCCACAUACUUUUACCUUAAUACUGGACCAUUUUCUAACUUUUUUUAUUGAAUUUUAGCUUAAAUCAGAAAUAUAAAAUAUUGUACAGGUUUUACAAACUUUAAAAUAUCUAUGUUAUGAAAUAGUAAAAAUGUGUUUUUACAAGAUUUUUUUAAAAUGAAUAUAUGAAUUACCUGCUUUAACUGCUUUUAGAUGCCAAUUUACAAAAUGAUAAAAUUAUUAUAAAAUAAAAAGUGUUCUUUAUUUACAAAAAAGUAUUUACAGUUCCUGUAAUUGUGCACAGAUUACUUUUGUUAUGCUGAUUUGGGUCCUGAAAUAUAAAGUGUAAAAGAGAAAUAGAGAGGAUUGAUAUCUGUCCUGGUGAAUGUGCAGCAGUUUAUAUACUGUAUUUACAUCAAAUGUUUAAGAAACCACAUAAGCACUAAUAAAUCAGUCAUGUGUCUGGA